AUGUUUCAGUUGAAUGUUCUGCUAGUAGGAAUCGUACUUCCAUUCUCAGUACUUAGUGCUCCAACAGUGCACCUACAGGAUCACUUCCCAGAUCCAACAGUAACAGAGGAUUACAAUGCUGUUCCAGCCGUUACCGAGGCGCCACAACUGCUCGGCAAACCUCACGUCGUUGAACCAACCUGGAUCACGGUAACGAUGCCUCCGCAAAGCUAUACUCCCACCGGGAUCGAGCCGAAGCCCCACGUGAUGCCACCGUACACUACCUACAUACCUGUACCACCACUACAACAACCCAUGCCUGUGGCCCAGUGGCCAUUAUACUAUCCCAACAUGCCGGUACUGCCGUAUCCGUACGCUAGCAAUCAUUUGUGCAACCAGCAGAUGAGUUCGUACCGUGUGGUAUAG